AUGAAGUUAGCUGAACUAACUUCUAAAAAAGUGACUUCUUUGGGAAGAGAAACGAUCGAAAUUUUGAUCGCGAAACUGAUCCUUGACAAGUAUUUGGAAGAGCAUUUUCAUUAUACGCCCUACUCAAUUAUUAGUUACGUUGUACUCGGCGAAAGGAGCACCAUUUUGAAACAUAAUCCGAAACAUCAGAUUGAAUAUCCAAUUCCUUCGAAUUCAUUAACGUUGAGUAAGAAGCAGAAACCAGUCUCACGCAAGAGGCCUCUUGUUAUUGAUGAUGACGAUGUCGUUAUCUGA